AUGAAACGCUUUAAUGUAAGUUAUGUGGAAGUUAUCAAAAAUGGUGAAACAAUAUCUAGUUGUUUCCAGCCGUUCCAGAAAAAUGAAAACUAUGGUACAAUAACUUCAGCGAACGAACAGAUAACACCGGUCAUUUUCCACAAUUUGAUCAUGGACAUGGUGUUGCCCAAAGUAGUUCCGAUCAAGGGGAACAAAGUCACCAAGAUGUCGAUGAAUCUCAUUGACGGGUUCGAUUGUUUCUACUCCACAGAUGACCAUGACCCCAAGACUGUGUACGUUUGUUUCACGUUAGUGGAUAUACCCAAGAUCUUGCCCAUCAGGAUAUUAAGUGGUCUGCAGGACUACGAUUCCAACGCUACAAACGAACUUUUAAGUUCGCAUGUAGGUCAAAUACUAGACUCUUUCCAUGAGGAGCUGGUCGAAUACCGCAAUCAAACUUUAAACAGUUCUGGAAAUGGCCAAUCUAGUAACGGGAAUGGUCAAAACACUAUCAGUGACAUCGGGGAUGCCACCGAAGACCAAAUAAAGGACGUCAUUCAGAUAAUGAACGAUAACAUCGACAAGUUCUUAGAAAGGCAAGAAAGAGUUUCUUUAUUGGUGGAUAAAACCUCCCAAUUAAAUAGUAACAGUAAUAAAUUCAGACGCAAAGCGGUCAAUAUAAAAGAAAUAAUGUGGUGGCAAAAAGUUAAGAAUAUUACAUUAUUGACUUUUACUAUCAUACUAUUUGUAAGCGCUACUUUCAUGUUUUUCUAUCUGUGGUGA